GUCUGGUCGCAGGAAAUUGACGUCACACAUGGAAAAAUCUGGAAGCGUCGCUGUGAACUGUAACUAAAGUGUGACCUGAAACUUAUGAGGAUUCACAAUAUUGUCUUCAUAUAAGGUUAGCUGCAAACAUGGUCAAGGAAACGGGCUUCUAUGACACACUGGGUGUGAAACCUAAUGCUACUCCUGAUGAACUGAAAAGGGCCUAUCGUAAACUAGCCUUGAAAUAUCAUCCUGACAAAAAUCCCACAGAAGGAGAGAAGUUCAAGCAGAUCUCACAGGCAUAUGAGGUUCUGUCAGAUGCCAAGAAGAGAGAGCUGUAUGACCGUGGAGGUGAAAAAGCUAUAAAGGAAGGAGGAACGGGUGGUGGCGGCGGUGGGGGCUUUGCAUCACCCAUGGACAUCUUUGACCUGUUUUUUGGUGGAGGUAGUCGGAUGCACAGGGAGCGAAAAGGGAAGAACAUUGUUCAUCAGAUUUCAGUGACACUGGAAGAUCUUUAUAAUGGAGCUACAAGAAAACUCAAUGUCCAGAAGAAUACUAUCUGUGAGAGAUGUGAAGGUCGAGGGAGUCGGAAAGGAGCUGCACAGAUGUGCAUGACUUGCCAUGGCACAGGCAUGCAGGUCCGUGUGCACCAGCUAAUACCAGGUAUGGUCCAGCAAGUGUCCACAGUGUGCCACAGCUGUCAGGGCCAAGGACAGAGAAUAAGCCACAAGGACCGCUGCAAAGCAUGCGUAGGCCGGAAGAUCCUGCGACAGAAGAAGAUCUUGGAGGUCCACAUCGACAAAGGAAUGAGAGAUGGCCAGAAGAUUGUUUUCCAUGGAGAGGGAGAUCAGGAGCCAGGACUUGAGCCAGGUGAUAUCAUCAUUGUCCUGGAUCAGCGAGAACAUUCACGUUUUACCAGGAAAGGAGAGGACCUGGUCAUGUCUAUGGAGUUACAGCUGGUUGAAGCUUUAUGUGGUUUCAAGAAACCUGUUCCGACACUGGACAACAGAACUCUCCUCAUCACCUCACAUCCAGGAGAGUUGAUCAAGCCUGGAGACACAAAGUGUGUCUUGAAUGAAGGGAUGCCCAUGUAUCGCAGACCGUUUGAGAAGGGACGCCUUAUUAUUCACUUCUCUGUCGUGUUUCCACAAGCCAAUUUCCUCCCCAAGCACAAGCUGAAGGAGCUGGAGCGCUAUCUCCCAGAAAAGAUGGACGCAGAGCAGCCAGACAGCAUGGACGAUGACCUCUACAUCUAUGCCGACCUGGAGGACUGUGACUUGGAGAACAGAAAAAGACGCCACCAUCAGUACUACUACAUGGACGAAGACGACUACGCCAGCACCGGAGGUGUUCAGUGCCAGACAUCUUAAAUUACAACAGUCUUGUGAAUCAGUCUCAUUCCAGAAGCCCAAACUCUCAUCUCUAAAGCAAAGCACCUUUUUGAAAAUUUGCGCACUUUUUAUUUUAUUACUUUUCUGAAAAUCAUAACUGUUUGCUCGUUGAAGUUUUCUUUCAAGCUGAGUCAUACAACUGUGUCCCAACGCCCUCCUGAUUUAUUGUAAUACUUUUUAGUGGAGUAUCUUUAAGUUCCAGAACUAAACUUGGAUCCAGGUUAAUGGGAUUUCUUGUCACCUCUGGUACAUUAUUACAUUUUUUAAAAAAUAUUUUUAGUUUUUUUCUUCUUUUCCAAGUCACACUGUGAUUAUAGAUGAGGGCUGGUAUUACAGAGGCUUCAGAGGAAAGAAAAGCUGCUUUGUCUAGACAAGGACUGCCUGCCUUUAUGCAGUUACACUAAAACUGAUGGCCAACAUUAACCUGGGAAUAACCUUUUUUAAUUAGUGUUAGUAAAUCAGUUGUUGUUGUGAACCACUUGUUGAUGACUCACUCAAUCAGUUGUGUGUGAAGACCAAUCUUCAGAUGAUGGUGGUUGUGGAGAGGGAUAUGCAUCGAUACUUGACGUUAAACAUUUCUACUGUUCCACCCUUUCAAGGGCUAUUUUCUAAACAUUUCUAAACAAUAUUGUGACAGGAAGAUGUAAACAUAAUAAUGAUUUAGGCAGGAGAGUUUUUAGGUUCGAGCCACUAAAUUGUAGAUUGUUCAAACUAAUAUUUAAGUUUAGUUUAAUAUUUUUAUUUUUGAGCUGUAGUCACUUGUUUGUUGUGAUGUCACAGUUGUUUUUGUUUUGGAAACCUUGUAUGGAAAGUGGAACAUCUCAUACAUAUGUAUAUAUGUAUGUAUGUAUAUAUAUGAGCCAAAUAUGCAUGGCGGGAUAGGUAUUCAGCAAACAAAGGUCAAACAUGAUUAAGAAGUCACUUUAUUUUGAAAAUAAUGAACAGAUUAUGUGGGGUCUCCAGGGAGCAGGUUGGAUAACUUUACCCAAACACAGUAUAGAACAGAAACUUUGAUAACUCGCAGAUGGAAGAAGCCCCUAACGCCUUGAUGACAAAUGUUUUCCUCUCCUAAAAAAAAAAGUGCCAAGUUGCACCCAAGUUGAAAAAGAGCGGCUUAUGUCUUGGUUGUUGUUUUAAAGGUUUUUUUAAAGGAUGUUCUUGAGUUUAUUUCAGACAUGGUUUUAAAAUCAUUAGAAAAUUUAAAGUUGAGUUAUUUCUCAAAAUCUAGAAUUUAAAUGACAAAUUUUAAUCAAAGUAGCAAGUUAAACUUGUUGAUGGGUUUUUGCUGGCGUUGGCCCACAAGCUAUUAAGUGUGUCUUUUUUUUCCAUAUUUUCAAUCCUAAUUGUAAAUGCCAAAUGGGGCUUAAAAUUGGCACACCUGAUACCUCAAUGAAGUGUCUGCCUGUUUGAAAGCCUUAUCAUAACUUAACUUGAAGUUACUUGAUGAUACAGUUUGUUGUGUGUUUCAUUGAUUAUUAUUUUUUGCCUUGGAUAUUGUAAAACACAACUAUGCUCCUUAAAUUGUAUUACAGUUGUUCUUAAGAGCUGAUGCAAAUUUCUGUAGUUGAGUAGUCACAAUGUCAGGGGAAUUCAACUCAAAUAAGUGUUGUCAGGGUCUUAAUUUGACUGUGUGUGUGUUAGGACCAAUGAUCCACUUGUUUGUGCUCAUGUUUUCUAAUUAAAUGCAGUUUAAUUAAAUUGUGAUGUUACUGUU